AUGACUAGCUUGGGAGGCCUAAUAGUCAUUCUUUCUAGCUUUCUGUGUCUGCUCCUUGUCUUAGCUUUCAUCAAGAUCCUCCACAAACUAUGGUGGACUCCGAUUCGCAUACAGAAGCUGAUGGCUUUGCAGGGGAUCAAAGGCCCUUCUUACAGAUUCAUCCAUGGAAACACCAAAGAAAUCUCCAACAUGAAAAAGGAAGUCAUGGGCAGGCCCCAACUUUUAUCACACGACAUACUUUCUGUAGUUCAACCUCACAUUCACUCGUGGACCAAGAUUUAUGGGAAGAAUUAUCUUCAAUGGCAUGGUUGUCGGGCUCAGUUGGUCAUUACAGAACCUGAGUUGUGCAAAGAGAUACUGAAUAACAAAGACAGAGCUUAUCAGAAAAGAGAGCCCACAAACAUUGCAAAGAAGCUAUUGGGAGAUGGCCUUGUGGUGACAACCGAAGCUGAAAAAUGGGCAAAACUGCGAAAGCUGGCCACCCAUGCCUUCCAUGGAGAGAGUUUAAAAAGUAUGAUUCCAGAAAUGGUAGCUAGUGCCGAAUCGAUGCUAGAAAGGUGGACAGUUUAUGAAGGAAAAGAGAUUGAGGUGUAUGAAGAGUUUAGAUUGUUCACAUCGGAAGUGAUUUCCAGAACAGCAUUUGGCAGCAGCUAUGUAGAGGGACAAGACAUUUUUGAGAUAUUGAUGAAGUUAGGCUUCCUAAUAUUUAAAAAUUUUCUCAAAGUCAGGGUUCCUGGAAUCAGCAAGUUUUUCAAAACCAGCGAUGAGAUUGAAUCAGAAAAACUUGAGAAAGGAAUUCACGCCUCCAUAAUAGAGAUGGUUAAGAAAAGAGAAAAGAAGACAAUGGCUGGAGAAAAGGACGGCUUUGGGAGUGAUUUUCUCGGAUUACUUUUGAAGGCUAAUCAUGAAGCCAAUGAGAACCAGAGGAUUUCGGUGCAGGAGAUAAUUGAUGAGUGCAAGACGUUUUACUUCGCCGGACAAGAAACCACUAAUACUUUGCUUGCUUGGACUGUCUUUCUUCUGGCACUCCAUACGGAUUGGCAAGAGGAAGCAAGAAAGGAGGUGCUACAAUUAUUUGGCAAACAAACUCCAAAUCUUGAUGGCAUUGGCAAACUGAAAACAAUGACUAUGAUCAUCAAUGAGACUCUGAGGUUAUAUCCGCCUGUUGUUGUCCUUGAGAGGGAAGCUGAAAGGGAAGUUAGGCUGGGAAACCUCAUUAUCCCUGCUACUGUUGAACUCGUCAUUCCAUGUUUAGCAUUUCACCAUGAGCCUGGACUCUGGGGACAAGACGUGCAUCUUUUCAAACCGGAGAGAUUCUCUGAAGGGGUUGCUAAAGCUACUAAGAAUAACAUAGCCACAUUCUUACCAUUUGGUAUGGGACCACGAAAUUGUGUGGGUUUGAACUUUGCAACCAAUGAAGUAAAGAUUGUUCUGUCAAUGAUUUUACAACGCUACUCUUUCACCCUCUCCCCGGCCUAUGUCCACUCUCCCUUUCGGCUUCUUACAGUUCGCCCUCAACAUGGACUUCAAGUAAUGCUACACUCACUGUGA